AAUGACAUCGCGAGAGGGUGUGUUUCCGGAAGACGUGGCUGUUGCUGCAGUGGCAGCUGUCAUCUAAAUUGUUCUGAGAAGAGUACUUGAAUGUUACUUUAAAUAUUAUCUAGUUAUAGUCUAUAUUCACCUGUAUAUUCACCGUCAAGAUGAUUUCGCUAACGGACUCCCAGAAGAUUGGAAUGGGAUUAACAGGCUUCGGGGUUUUUUUCCUCUUCUUCGGGAUGAUCCUGUUUUUUGACAAAGCCCUCCUGGCUAUUGGAAAUAUCCUGUUUGUUGCUGGACUUUCCUUUGUCAUCGGGCUGGAGAGGACCUUCCGUUUCUUCUUCCAGAAGCAUAAAAUGAAAGCCACCAGCUUCUUCCUGGGUGGUGUGCUUGUGGUGCUGAUCGGCUGGCCCAUCAUCGGGGUGGUGCUGGAGAUCUACGGCUUUUUCCUCUUGUUUAGGGGUUUCUUCCCAGUUGUAGUGGGCUUCAUCAGAAGAAUACCAGUCCUCGGAUCCAUCCUCAACCUUCCCUUCAUCAGUUCAUAUGUGGACAAAGUGGGAGAAAGCAACACCAUGGUAUAACAGAGACUCUUUGUACCCAGAGGAGGCUAUUUGAGAACAAUAGGUUUUAUAAAGCAACACAAUAUCAUCAAAUCCCCCCCCCCCACCCCCCCCCCCCUCCUUGAAGCAGGCAAAGACUUUCUGUCUGCAAUUUCCUUUGUCAGUGCCACCAAUCAAAGGUUCAUCAGAGCGUCGUACCACCAGUCUGUUACUAAAAGGUGGAGUUACUAAGGUCACUACAAUAAAUAUUCCAAAAGCCAUUGAUCCUUUCACUGUUCUGUACAUCUGGCACGAAAAUGGAAGAUGGAAGACUCCCUCAAGGCACCAUCGACUCUGUCUACAUGACUCUCUUACACUGUGGAAAAAAAACUGUCAAACAUGCUGAGAUUCCACCAGGAUGAGAAUUGGACAAACAGCUUGCCAUGUUGCAACACUUCUGUUCCUGUGCUUUGACUUUAUUUGGACAAAAGUCCUUCUUUUGCAGAUUUUCUGUGACAUUUUGUCUCUUUUUGUCCCGCAGUUAUUUAAAUACUAAGUGUGGCCAUUGUUAUAUUUCCGUUUGUUACAUGUCAUUUCUGAUUACGGUUGGCUAAUGAGUACUUCAGCUUCAAUGAUUUUUAUUUUAAUGAUCAGUGCUUUACUUCAUCUCUAGUGAGGUGCUAUGGCAUCAUACUAGGAUAUUUUAGAAUUGCUUUGUUACAACUAUUAAAGUCUGGACACAACCGAAAGAGGCAACACCCAAUUUAAGAUGACACGGGGGGGUGAAUUUCAACCGGGUGGAGCUAGAGGCUUUGUGAUGUAGUGGCUACUCAUGAGGCUAGCUAGCAAACUGCUGUAGCUGGUUAGCUAAGGGCUAACAUAAUAGCUAGCUAGGAACAUGCGGUCACAAUUGCUAAUCUAAGCUAGCCGCUAACUAAGACAAGGUAGCUCCGUUAUUAACAGGAUAAUACUCAGAGUUCAGUUUAUUUAAGAAACAUAUUCCUACCAACCUCUCCUGUCACAUAACUGUCUACACACCACUGCUAUUAGAGCAGUUUACCCCCCAGUAGCGCAGGGUUGUAUGAAAGUGAAUCUUUUUUGAAUGUUUGCAGACUAAAUGCUUCAGGUCAAUUUCAACUUAGGUCUUGGUUAAACCAAAACCAAAUUUGAAUCCCAUAAUGGAUCAAAACAUGUAAAAAACUUGUAGAUUUCUUUAAGAAUUCAGAUACGUUAUUCCAGUUGUUUAAAUCAGUGAAUGUUAACAAACAGACUCUUUUAAAACCUGGGAACUUCCACUCUGAAGCACCUUUACGUGCUUAUGACCCUACAGACCUUUUAUAUCUAAAUGUUAUCAGAUCCUAGAGAAUCCCUUUUGGGAGUCCUAGCCACAUUAAUUUGCAUCUUCUGUUUUAAAAAAAGGAAUUAUUCAGCAUUGCAGGCAUCAGCCACCACAACCCAGGAGCUGAAUACAUGGACUAUUUACCUGUGGGGUUUUUGUGUUCGGAGCAUCCAAAUUGAAGUUACAUGUGAAAUGACAAUGUAUGUAUGGCACUUUUGUAAAUAUACUAUGGAAAUAAGCUUUCUAUCUGCCAUCAA